UUUAUUACAACGUUGACCGAUAGUAAUGUCAACUUCCGCCCACUGGCAAAACCUUAAAAAAUUAUUAACCUUGUAUUUGUCAUUGUUUAUAUGGUAGAAACGUGUAGGGUUUUAACAAUCAUUUGUUUACACAUUGUUUUUUGCUCAUACAAAGUUUGACACUGUUACGCGUUUUAUGUCAGUCAAAAACGGCUGGUCAAUUUUGGAAUACGUUUUUUCUGAUGUUUAGUAGUUUACACACUUGACAGUUGACAGGUCAAAACUGAAUCAGUGAAUACUUUCUUGAUUCAUCAUUCAAAAUAUCACUCAUGAAUAUUUAGAAACAACACUUGCAAAAUGGCUGAAAAUGGUCGGCCUUCCCAACUGGAAUUUCAAGAAAGUAUAGAUGCAGAAAGUCUAGAGACACCAGCCUCUGAUUUUCAAGAUCCUGAAUAUGAGUUUGAUGAAGAUGGGCUUGAUUUAGCUGCUAAAGAAGCAGAGUUAGACAUCGAGGCAGAAUUAGAAGGGGAGGUAAGAAGUGGUGAAACAAACUCCCAUCAGACCCCAGUGUUGCACUGGGACAUAGGCACAGAGUUGUCUCGUAAUAGUUCGGAAGGAUGUGCUCCAUUCAGAAGUGGUUCUAUCACGCCAGAUGGUCUGAUUGACGAGGAUUUCGAGGAGGAAAUUGGACAACCUAUCGAUGAGGAUGAGGCCGAGGCUGGGGAUUAUCAUGACAUUGCUAGACAUGGCAUCAUUGAGGUGGCGGGCGAUGAUGUAUACGGCAGGAAGGUUAUUGUGUUCUCUGCUUGUAAAUUACCUCCAAAAACAGAACUAAAUCACCAAAGAUUAUUUGAGUUUAUGAAGAUGACAUUGGACCAGUAUGUAGAGAUGGAUUAUGUAAUAGUGUAUUUCCAUCACGGCAUGACGAGUAAAAACAAACCAAAGUUGUCCUGGAUGGUACAAGUAUAUAGGGAACUAGACAGAAAGUAUAAAAAGAAUUUGAAAGCUCUAUAUUUGGUGCAUCCAACCAAUUUCAUUAGAAUAUUGUGGAAUAUAUUCAAGCCCAUCAUCAGUGCAAAGUUUGGCCGGAAGGUUAUGUAUGUGAACUAUCUACAUGAAUUGAAGGCUCAUUUACACUUUGACCAACUUAAAGUCCCUCCACUUGUGCUACAGUACAAUGCUAAGAUCCUCUCAACACAGAAACCUACAUAUCCAUAUGAGGGUGACGUGCAGCGUAACAACAGUUCACUAAAAACACAACAAUUUGGUGUUUCUUUGUCAUUAAUAAAAGCAAAUUAUGGUCAGGUUAUACCACCAGCUGUUCAACAAACUGUAGAGUUCCUCAGAGUACAUGCCUUAGACUCAGAGGGUAUUUUUAGACGCACAGCCAAUGCGUCCACAUUGAAACAAGUGCAGCGAAGAUUGAAUGAUGGAGAGACAAUAGAUUUCACUGAGUUUCACGAUGUCACGACGGCUGCUGUGACGUUAAAAACAUUCCUGAGAGAAUUAUCCGAACCAAUAUUGACAUUUGAAUUAUAUGAACCAAUUAUAAGGCUUCAUGGUCAAGAGAAAGAAGAGCAGAUUUUACAGGCAAAGAGAAUGUUGACGGAAGAGUUACCAGAGGAUAACUACACUGUACUGAAAUAUAUCCUGGAUCUUCUUUCAGAGGUCGCCGCCCAUUCUGACAAGAAUAAGAUGACCACAACAAACUUAGCAAUUUGUUUCGGACCAAACCUGAUCUGGCCGAAGGGUCAGGCGUCGCUCAAUACAAUGGGACAUGUUAAUACAUUUGCCCUUUUGCUGUUAGAUAACUUUGAUGAGUUAUUUAAUAGUGGAACGUCUUAGGGCAAAAUGAAAAAAGAGAGUUUCAUGGACCCAAUUUAAUGUUUUAAGAUGGAUUGUUUCACCUUUCGCAAUAUAAAACAUUUCUGAGGAGAAGUGCUGUGUAAAUAACAUUAUGUUAUUUCUAUAUGGACCAAUAAUAUCUAUAAUAAAUUAUGUAUUAUAAAUUAUCACAAAUUGCAUAGAAUGGUGACACAGUUUUCCUGUACAGCACUACACAGUUGCAGAGAUAUUGUAUGUGUGUUAAGGUCGAAAGUUAUUUAUAGAUAUUGGAAAAUCUAUAUUGUGUUAGGAUAGCUAUUUAUAGAUAUGGGAAUUUCCACAGUUUGUGAUUUCAUUGAUACAUUAAUGGUGAUGGAUAGGGGAU